AUGAGGAUAUUUAGACUUUUCAUCAAAGAUUGUUUGAUACUGGCAUCUCUGGGAGAGAUAGAUAGGAAUAACUUCAAUGUUAGGGUAGAUUCUUUGCCUCGAACUGUAGAUAGGAACAUGAGUUUGAUUGAUAUUGAUCAUGUUAAUAUAUUCGAUUCAGAGGAAAUUUUUCCAGACCCUGAUGAAGUUUCCCUGGAAAUCGAGGCUCUCAAUAAAAGAGUCUAUCAGUUAAUCUCCUUAAGAAAACAAAAGGAGAUGGAGAAGGAAAAUGAAACUAAGACAAAACUUAUUGAGAGAGAUAGGUUGUUGAGACAAAUUGUAGACCUUGAGUUAUUCACUCAAGAAGAGCCUAAAAGUAAAGAAGAGGGCCCUGUCAUUAGAGAGAAUUUGACUGCCAAAAUUAGUUCUGCACCCAAAGUUGUUGCACAAACUAAUAGGGAGGUUCACAGUGAUCCACAACCUACCAAAAUAUGUGCCGACAAGGGGAAACAUAAUGUUGUAGAGACUGGAGCUGGUUCCAAAAUUGCAGAUGUAAUAUCAAGAAGUGGAAGGGUACCUCAUGGAAUGUCCUUGCAUGAAGUUGAAAUAGAGAAGAUGAGAAAAGAGAAGGAAAAUUUGCAGAGGGAAUUAGAGAAAUUUGAAUUAGAAGCAACUAAUGCCGAAGUCAGAAGAAAAAUUGACUACCUAAAAGCCCCUCCUAUAACUUUCCCUUCAACAGAUCAGAGUUAUCCAAAUCAUGUCCCUAUUGAAAUGAGAGACAAACUUCAUAAAUUUGCUGGAAACAAUGCCAUAAGUGCAGAUGAGCGUCUGAAUCUUUUGGGUGAUAUGAUUAAUGAUUAUGAGAUUGCAAAUGAGAAUGUGAUCAUGAAAUUGUUUGUGCAAUCUCUAGUUGAAGAUGCCCAGGAUUGGUACAGAGGGUUACCUAUGGACAGCAUAGAAACUGAAAAACCAAUUGAGUCAGAGACAGUAGACAACAUAGAGCUGAACAAAGAGAAACUGACAGUGGAUACCAUUGGUAAAGCAUCAGAAACACUAGUAGAUAACACUGAGAAACAAUUAGAAAAAUCGGCAGACAAGAGCACAGUGAAAAAGACAGGGACAAAAGCAAAGAAACAGUUAGAGGCACAGGUUGAGAAACAUGAACAGAAAAAGGUUCAGCUUUUGUAA